AUGGCGGACUACGAGGACAGAGCACCCAGGAAUAACUUAAGGCUGCGAGGGGUCCCAGAAUCCAUUUCACCAGAGGACCUGCAAGUAUAUGUGAGGGUCCUACUGCAUACCUACUCUCCAGACAUCUCUGCGGACAUGCUCCUCGUCGACAGAGUCCACCGGGUGGCUAAGCCAAAAUACCUACCAGAUUCAACGCCCCGCGAUGUACUACUCCGGGCGCAUUACUAUCAUAUUAAGGAACUGGUCCUUCGAGCGCACCAUAGCAGACCCGACCCGCAUGAACACUACCCAUCGAUCCGCAUCAUGGCAGACCUGUCCGCGGCAAUGCUGAGAUGCAGGAGGGAGUUCCAGCAAGUCACCUCGGAGAUGAGAAACCAAGGCAUCAGAUAUAGAUGGGGAUUUCUGACGAAAUUCAACAUUACCAAAAACAGAGAGGCGGUAAUCAUCUCGAAGCCGGAGGAAGGCCUGAUAGCACUUAAGAGGUGGGGCUUUCUUGCCAAGCUGACAACCGGCGCAACCCCCAUGCCCCAACGCCAAGGCCGCAACAACUCGGCGGACUCAGCCCAUAGACUGACCGCUUAG